AUGUCCGGAAAAUUUGACACCAGUCUAAACAAUGCGUCGGAAGACACCCUCACAUCGGGUUUGAAGGACGACGCCUACGACGAGUCCAAGAUAAACGAUCAGAUGGCCAACCUGUCGUUCAGUACGACGAGCACAACGCAAUCCUCAGCAGUGGUAAGGAUCAAAAAUGUCCCAUCAGACACAACGCUUAGAGAAGCUUUCCUCAUAUUCUCGCUCUGUCUCGACGAGGUGACCUUCGUUGACCUGGUGCACGAGGUUGAGUCCCCUACGCAUGGGUCUUCCCCAGUGCCUCUCAACAAUGGCUCAAUUUCAACAUCUCUCUCGAGCCACGGUUCUGUGUCCUCGAGCCUCGUCAUCAUCGCCAGAUUCAGCUCAUUGAAGACUGCUCAGCAAGUAGCACAGCUUCUCGAUGAUAAGUGUCUGUUUGGCACAGCAUAUCAGCCAGUCAACGUCGAGUUGAUUUCUGAUCAGCAUGAUUCUUCUGCAUCCUUUGCUAACUCUCCUUAUGCACAAACUUCGCCGUCUCACAGUUCAUCUGCUGUUCCAAUAAUUAGUUCGCUGGGUCCUCCUCAAACAUCAAACAUUGGAAUGAAUAAAAGACCCCCAUUAAGCACGCAGAGAUCCAGAUUCCUUUUCAGUGAUCCCUUUUCGAGUCAUAAUUCUUCGAACAUCCAGCCUCCUGGUUCGUCAACAUCGUCUGCAUCUUCUUCAACAUCACAAGCUCAAACAUUAACAUCGCAGUCUGCUGGCACUUUGCCAAGUGGAUUGAUUCCUGCACCACAGGGAUCGUCUUCGACCCCAACGUCCGCAACUUCUGCACAGAACGUUUUGGAGCAACUGACUUCGCCCCUUCUGGCGUCGUCAGGCAAGGGAAUGCUGUUGAUGGAUUCGCAUAGCGAUUACGACCAGCUUGUGAGGCCAUGGUCGACUGGAAGCAGUUUGUCGUCAUCCCAACCCAACGUGAACUCUUCUCAGAACGGUUCCUCUCACCCAGGAGGAACACCAACAAAGAGCGUUCCGGAGUCAUUGACAAUCAACACAGGGUUGGCCUCUUCCAUUCCGACCGGGCUUCCUACUCCGAUCACCAACGAGUGGGAUAGAAGAAGACAAGGGUCUGCAUUUUUCAACGGAAGCCAACCCACCACAUCCUCAAGUGCUCCUUCUCAGUCGAGCGGAACAUCACAGUCACUUUUGGUGAACGGAGGAAGCACGCCUUCGAUCACCUCACCUCCAUUCCAGCAACAGCAGCCACAGCCUUCAUCGCAGUCGCAGUCGCAACCGCAAUCGCAGCAGCAGCAGCAGCAACAGCACAUUCCCGAGCUGUCAUUACUUGCCAGAGUGCCUCCACCCGCUAAUCCAGCUGAUCAGAACCCGCCAUGCAACACCUUGUAUGUGGGUAAUCUUCCGCCCGACGCCACGGAGUUGGAACUGCGUACGUUGUUCCAGCCGCAAAAGGGAUUCCGCCGUCUGUCGUUCCGCACCAAGCAGAACACGGGCAACAGCUCCAGCUCGCACCAUGGACCAAUGUGUUUUGUUGAGUUCGAGGAUGUUGCGUAUGCGACACGUGCGUUGGCAGAGCUGUACGGCCGGACGCUUCCACGUGCGAACGGGUCCAGCUCCAAUAAUAAAGGGGGAAUCCGGCUGAGCUUCAGUAAGAAUCCUCUUGGAGUGAGGGGUCCUGGCCAAAACAGACGGGGAUCUGCCAAUCCAGGGUACAAUUCGGGGAACAAUUCUUCGCAGAACGGCAAUUCGAACGGGGGAAAUUCACAAAACGGAGGAGUCAAUUACAACGGGUUCCAACAGUACUCCUACCAGCAGAUGCCACUUUCGCAGUACCCCAAAUGA